AUGGCUGCAGCUGUUUCCGUCAGACUUAAUAGAGUACCACGUAGGAGCAAUUCUUUUGUUUUUGAAGUCCAUUUGUAUCCAAGAGUCAGGAAUGUUCCUUGUAUAGAACCAUUCGGUCCAAUUGUAAUCAAGGAUGUUCCAGGGAUGACUCCUUUCUUUGCUGCUACUCGUGAUCUCUACAACCCUGGCCGCAUGUGGAUUUUGACCGGUUUCUUUGGUCAUUUCAUGGAUUAUACCUUCAAAUGGAUUUCCCGUGAAUUCUAUCUUCUUAACUUUAUCAUCUACGAUUGUUUCUUUUGGUUUGAAACCUGUAAAGUACCUCUUUACGUCAAUUGUCGAUUGAACAAUAUCAUGAGUUAA